AUGCUGAAACACAAACGCAUGUACUUUGUCGUCAACGCUUACUCGCAUGCUCGACAGGGCUCCGUUAUUAUGGCAGCCAUCUACACCUUCGUGGCCAAGGUCGACCAGGCUGUCGACCUGCUCGAGCAGCGCGCUAGAGUGGCCCUCGACGAUGGGAUGAACAGCUUCGACAUAGGCUGUACCAAAAGGCCAGCGACUGAGGAUGAUUUAAUCGAUCGACCUACCGCCGACUCCCUAGCAGCACAGUUGGACGGCGCGCAUCGAACAACAACGCGAAUGAUUCGACGAGAGCUCAUCACCAUUCCUCUUCGCGCCCGCUUGCUGCAGCACGGCGCCUUGCCGCGCGUGCAUUUGCCUGCCGGCAAUUUGUCGUCACCGACGCCGAGGGAGAGCAACGGGUACCGCGGCAACGGUGCCGGACUGGCGCGCUAG